AUGGAUAUUGAUGCGAUUUUUGGGACCAAUCGACCCGUGAGUCUUCCGAGGAAGAGUGCCAUUUAUGUGUGGGGGUACAAUCAAUCAGGGCAGACAGGUAGAAAGGGAAAAGAGGAUCAGCUGAGGAUUCCGAAGCAGCUGCCUCCUGAGCUGUUUGGAUGUCCGGCUGGCACCAAUGCACGAUGGUUGGAUGUUGCCUGUGGCCGGGAGCAUACUGCGGCAAUUGCCUCGGAUGGCUCACUCUUCACUUGGGGGGCUAAUGACUUUGGUCAAUUGGGUGAUGGAACUGAGGAGCGAAGGAAACAUCCAAAAAAAGUAAAGCAAUUAGAUUCAGAGUUUGUAAAAUCUGUGUCCUGUGGAGCACAUUGUUCUGCUUGCAUUGCUGAACCUCGGGAAAAUGACGGUACCAUCUCCACAAGAAGGCUCUGGGUGUGGGGGCAAAAUCAGGGAUCGAAUCUUCCAAGGUUGUUUUGGGGAGCCUUCAAACCCAAUACAAUUAUUCGAGAAGUGUCUUGUGGAGCUGUCCAUGUAGUUGCUUUGUCUGAAGAGGGUCUACUACAAGCUUGGGGCUACAAUGAAUAUGGUCAACUUGGCCGAGGUGUUACUUGUGAAGGACUACAGGGUGCUCGUAUUAUAAGUUCUUAUGCUAAAUUUCUUGAUGAAGCCCCUGAGCUUGUGAAGAUUGCCAGAGUGUCAUGCGGGGAGUACCACACAGCAGCCAUUUCUGAAAAGGGCGAGGUUUACACAUGGGGGCUUGGAACUAUGGGCCAGCUUGGGCAUUCUUCACUCCAGUAUGGUGAUAAAGAAUUACUGCCAAGGAGGGUGGUUACCCUUGAUGGUAUUCUCAUAAAGGAUGUGGCAUGUGGUGGUGUACACACGUGUGCUGUAACUCAGGGAGGAGCACUUUAUGCAUGGGGAGGUGGUCAGUCUGGGCAGCUAGGGCUUGGGCCCCAAACCGGAUUGUUCUCGUGUGUUGUUUCUAAUGACUCUCAGACAUUUUUCCGAAACAUUCCAGUUUCAGUUGUUCCUAAAGGUGUUCAACUUGUUGCGUGUGGACAUUGCCACACUCUUAUCUCUAUGAGUGAUGGUCGAAUUCAUGGAUGGGGUUACAAUAAUUAUGGUCAGGCAGCCAACGAGAAAUGUACAUAUGCUUGGUAUCCAUCACCAGUUGACUGGUGUGUUGGGGAGGUACGGAAACUUGCUGCUGGUGGUGGACAUUCAGCUGUGUUGACUGAUGCUUGUUCGUUAAAGGAGUUAUGUGAGUUUGUACUAGCAGAUAACAUGACUUUAUCCAACGCCGCUAAGGUUGAGGAUAUUGCAUAUAGGACUGGAUCAGAUGCUCUGGCACGCCUUUGUGGAAGACUCAGAGAAUAUAUGCUUGCUGGUGGAGCUCUGGAACAAGAGGAUGUGAUGAACAGUAAAAUCUGA